GCUAACGAGUUAGUUACCGCUAAGAGCUCAUACCGGUUGGUUGUUGUUAUGAGUUCGUGCGCGAUUCGUGCGCGUUUGUGCAAAAUAAAAAAUAGAAGUUUACAGAAAGCAGCUCUCUAUUCAGUUGUUGUCGGUCGGUGUGAUUAUUACGUUUGGUGGCGCUUUUGGCACUUGGCCAGGAAACGACUGACCCGCAAAAGUGUCGUCGCCUGGAGAGGUCAUAUUAAGAGGGUCGAAUCGGGUUUUACAGAAAAUUCAAUACGGUGUUUGCGCUAUAUACCUAGCUAAUGUAAAAUGAGUUUAAUCAUUGAAUAUUCUUGAGAGUGUACAGCGGCUAAAACGGUGGUCCGAGCAAAGUGACCCAAUCAAGGUUUUGAAGAAGUGGAAAAUAUUUCACUAUGUUUUAAGUGCAGUGCUCCGGGUGCGAUGGGUUGAGCGUAUGGCGGUCUCGCACUUUGGCUGUGGCGACGCAGAUAUAAAAAGAAUAAAAAAUUGUGAUUGAAGAAUAUCAACGAGGUAUCAUCGUAGACAAAUCAAGCGUGAGAGAUAUUUACGAUAAUUAGGAUCAGACUACUUUGCUUUGAGAAUGUUUUCAACGGGCAACGCGUAAUAUAUCUAAUGUAACAAAGGUUAGCAAAUUGGAUUGCUUAGUGAUUACUAUUGAAACACGCGAAGGCACCAAUAUAUAAGUGUUUUACAAAGGUCAGUAAUAGUUCAUAUCCAUAACGGUGAUUAGUGCAGCAAAGGUGUAUUAUGACAAAGUAGUGUGAGAUAUGCCAAAUUAGAACCGAAGAUAACCCACUAAGCAGUGAUUGGAUUAUUGCAGAACCGAGAAUUUAUUCCGGGAACAUUUGAUAAUAUCCUAAGCACAGAUUUUCCGCGAUGGCAUUCAGAACCCGAUCAACUAGAUUAAAAUCUAAAUUGGCAAUUGCUGUCACCUCCUUGCUACUUGUUGUGACGCUAUCAGGCAGUGUCACAUCCUACAUGCUGCCAACCGAAACUCUCGGAUCGGGCCUCACAACGGAACAGUAUGAGUAUGACUGUUUUCCGGCAAACAUGAAAGAAAACCUCCUGCCACGAUUCGCCUCACGCAACCAGAAUGAUUCAAUAGCCAUACAAGUGAGCAGACGAUAUACCCAUCAAAUUAUAUCGCGCAUCUACAGCAUCUUCCUGCGCGAGAUACUCGGCUACCGCAACGUGAAGCUGGUGGACCUGUACGAGCGGACGCACGAGAUCGAACGAGAGCGGUUGUUUGUCACGCUGGAAAAUCUUGUUUCAGACGGCACCAGCUGGCCGGAGCCGACGAUCGAUCUUGAGGUGUGGAUGCUGUCCGACUACCAUAUCAUUCCACCGGAAAUCGAAGAAGCGGGUGCCAUAACACAUCCCGGACGGUUCGGUUUGUUCAUCCCCAAGCCGCUGAUCCGGAAAGAAGACGUUUUUCCCAAGCUUUACCCGUACACAAUGUUUCAAGAGAAUGGGAAAGAGCGCGAUUAUUACGAGCUGAUAAAGAAAUUCGAAGUUGUGGAUAGCGUUUUGGAUGUGCUGAAGAAGUGGGCAGAGAAGCGAUGCUCAAUCGACUGUGAUCGGUCGGGAAUGUACAUUCCGGAGCAAUGCAAGCAGGGACAAAAAUGUGCUCUGGUACUGGCACCGCACUACGAGGAUACUAAAUUCAUAGUGAAGCAUAUCAACGAGCUGAAAUUUCAGUUAAAGGUGAUCUGGCUUGGGGGAAAAAUAAAGCAAGGUAUUAAAUACCUAAUGUCUCAGUAUGGUGGGGAUCGAAAAAUCACGAAGAAAUUUGUGGUUCUGCACUGGACCCCGUCGGAAGUAAUCGACAGUAAAACGAUUGAGUACGUAGCAGUGACUAUGCCCCGAUGUGAGGAUAUCAUAGUUAGCAACAAUACUGGUUGUAAAUACGAACUUACUCCUCUGCUUAAGUACCACGCGCACGAGUUCGAAACUUCGCAGCAUGCUCUCCAAUCAUUGAUGAGGGUAUAUUUCGAUAAAUCAGAUAUCCAGGCGCUUGUCGAUCUGUAUGAUAAAUACGAAACCCAUAUCCUGCCGGCUCGCGACGAAACGAAUCUAGACUAUGAUGAACACGCUGUCGCGAGACAUUACAACCAAAUAGCAUGUGAAUGGAUGAUGGCCAACGAAGCUCGAUGGAAUAAGUGGAGACCGAAAGGUGAGGCAAAGGAAGACAUUUACAUUGGUGGUAUCUUUCCUCUAUCCGGUCUGGGAAAAGCCUAUCUGGGUAUCAUGCCUGCGGCAGUAAUGGCCCAGCAGGCGGUUAAUCUCAAUGGCACCAUUUUGCCCAAUCAUCGUCUGAUUAUACUGAAGAGCGAUGGCCAGUGUCGUGCGGAUACGGUAAUGAAAACCUUCAUCAAUUACUACAUCAGACAGGAGCGUAUGAUUGGCGUCCUGGGACCGGCAUGUAGUGAUACGGUUGAACCGAUAGCAGGGGUUUCUAAACACUUUCGGAUGGCUGUCAUCUCAUACUCUGCGGAAGGAGCUUUUCUCUCGGAUCGUGAAACAUACCCAUAUUUUUUUCGCACUAUUGGCGAAAAUCGACAGUACGAGCAUGUGUACGCAAGACUGCUGAAACAGUUGAACUGGAACCGAGUUGCCGCCCUCACAGAGGACGGUCAAAAAUCGACCGAAUAUAUUUCACACAUGGAAACGUUGCUUAAAGAGAACGACAUUGAGCUGAUUUCGAACAAAAAGUUUCCUCGCGAUCACGGCGAUACUGCAAUGAAUCGGUACAUGCUGGAUCUAAAGACGAAAAACGCCCGGAUCAUCAUUGCUGACGUCGACGACAAGGUGGCCCAUGUGAUAAUGUGCGAAGCGUACAAGCUAGAGAUGACGGCGGAGAAUGGUUACGUGUGGUUUCUACCGGUCUGGCUGUCGAACCAGUGGAACCAAACGCAGAACGAUUCGAGUCGACUGCAAGCCAAGUGUACCCGGCACGAGAUGCUCAAAGCAAUCAACGGACACUUUUCACUCUCGCACGCUCCGUUUGCCAACGAUCAGAACGCACUGGACGUGAGCAAUAUGACCGUCGGCGACUGGAAGGCUCAGUACCGGAAUGUCCUGCAGCAGCACAAUUUGGUCCAGUCGGAUUACGCCGGGUACGCGUACGAUGCGGUUUGGGUGUACGCGCUGGCUUUGGAUAAACUCAUCAAGGAGGAUCCUUCCUAUCUGAGUGAUUUGCAUUCGAUCAAAACGACUAACCGGCUAAUGGAGGUCAUACGGGCGACCGAUUUUCAGGGAGUAUCCGGUCGUAUUCGAUUCGGCGAUGAGGGAUCUCGGUAUGCCAUUAUCAAUGUAUUGCAGUGGAUCAACGGAACGCCGAACAUUGUGGGACAGUUUACGCCGAACAUUUCCGAAAGUAACUAUCAGUUGGUUGGCGGAACACUGACGCUGAACAAGUCUGCGAUUGUGUGGUUUACUCGGGACGGCAAACCACCCGAUGAUGGGGCACUUGACUGUAAUUUAGGUGGUUUGGCAAAGGUUUUCGGAACCGAUUGUGACGGGGCGGUACUGAUCUUCACGGGAUUCAUGUGUGUGCUGGUUAUUGCGCUGAUUUCCCUGGCAUCGUUUUGCUUUUUCCAGAUACGGUACGAUCAGAAAAUGAAAAGCUCCGCUAAGUAUUUGCAAAAGUUUGGCAUCGAUUUGCUGUCACCGACAUCGAUUCCACUGAACACACUGGACAAAUGGGAAAUUCCAAAGGAUCGGGUUGUUAUCAACCGGCGCUUGGGCGAAGGUGCUUUCGGAACUGUGUAUGGAGGUGAGGCGCAAAUUGAUGGAGACGCUUGGACUGCUGUUGCAGUGAAAACACUGAAGAUUGGCUCAACUACUGAGGAUAAGGUUGACUUUUUGUCAGAGGCCGAAGCUAUGAAACGAUUCGAUCACAGUAACAUUGUAAAAUUACUGGGAGUGUGCCUGCAAAGUGAACCGGUUUAUACCGUUAUGGAAUUCAUGCUGUACGGUGAUCUGAAAACGUUUUUGCUAGCACGUCGUCAUCUGGUGAAUGCUAAGCAUUCGGAAGAGUCUGAUAUUUCUUCCAAACGACUAACAAUGAUGGCACUGGAUGUUUCUCGUGCACUUUCCUAUCUGGCAGAGCAAAAAUAUGUCCACAGAGAUAUAGCCUGCCGGAAUUGCAUGGUAAAUGCCCAGCGAAUGGUGAAACUCGGUGACUUCGGCAUGGCCCGACCGACCUUCGAGAAUGACUAUUACCGUUUCAACCGAAAGGGAAUGCUUCCAGUUCGCUGGAUGGCUCCAGAAUCACUAGCUCUGGGAGUUUUCACUCCAGCCUCCGAUGUUUGGUCCUAUGCGGUUCUGCUGUACGAAAUCAUCACAUUCGGAUCGUUUCCUUUUCAAGGCAUGACUAACAAUCAAGUGCUGGAACAUCUCAUAAAAGGAAAUUGUCUAACCACACCUGCUGGAGUUAAACCACAGCUGGAAGGCCUCAUGAAAGCAUGCUGGAACACCGAUUAUAAAAAGCGACCGACUGCAUCCGAAGUGGCCGAGUUCAUUUCCAACUACCCCAGACUGCUGAAUCCAUGUCUGGAUGUACCGUUAGCGUCAGUUCAGAUGAACGAAACUGACAGUGACCAGUUCGAGCUGCCUCCGGGACUAAGAAAACGUAAAGAAGAACCGUCAGCUGCUCUUCUGGUUGGAACUACGCACAUGAAUGAUCUGAAUCAAACUUCAAGCGGAUAUAUAGGAAUGAACAUGCGUCCGGGAAUCAAUCUGAACGAUUUAAACGUAGCAACCGAGUUCCGAGUGUGUGAAAGUCCCACCCGGCCGGCUGCCGACUGUAGUGCCAAUGGCCAGGCCGGUCAAAACGUUUACAAUCCAGUCGAGCCACUGCUGCAACGGGACUCGGAAAUAUCGAAAAGCAAUAAUAGCCUGUUGCGAUAUGUGCCCAUGUUUGGCUUUGGCAAGAACCGAGCCCCAGUACUGAUAACCCACGCUAACGGUUCUGUCACUAUUGGCAACCGCAGCACCAGCACUAGUGUAUUAUAGCAUGAAACGACCGAAAGGCAUGCAGGAAAAAACGCUACUAAAACCAAAGUCGAUCAAGAAAAAGUACGAACGGAAGAACUCUUGCUGUGCUUGAAAAGACUACAUUCGCUUCCGAAUAAUUGUAUUACCUCAGAAUUUUGUACUAGGAAGUAAAAUAUAUUUUAUCGAUCUAAUCGAAACAGUGCAUAUUAUGUUAAAUCAUACUAUUUUUUCAUAGUAGAAGGAAUACUAACUAGCAAAGGAUAAAGGAAAAUGCAACAAAAACAUACAAUAGUACAAAUAUUACACCGUCCGAGAGAAUAGGAGAAUCAUUACACACAUUUUUCUCUCAAUCCUAUUUCUCCGAUCACUAUGAAUGACAAAGCAAGUUUAAAGAAUUUGGCUGACGACAGAUAGGCUACCCACAAAUGGAACGGGUCUCUAGUUCUUAAUGCCACAACAGUGAACAGGUUAUCUAUAGAUAAAAAAGAGUUAAUUGCUGGUAAACAUGCAUUCGAAAAGUUAGUCAUCCGAUCUAAAAUUUAAAACUACUUCCUCUAUCAAAUUUACCAGUUUUCAUUACUAGCUUUAGGCUGCUCCUGCCUUACCCUAAUGACAGUCUCUGCUAAAAUUUAAUAUUAAUACAUAUUUAAUAAUAAAAAUCUAACCAAUGCGACGAAAUCUAUUCGCGUGUACGAGAUUCAAUAAGCUAGUCGGCCUCUACUGUGUGGCAAAUAAUAGCUCUCAACUAAGAUUUAUUCGUUUUUUUGUUCUUCAUUCAUAAUAUUAAAAGUCUGUUUGCGGAUGUGUGAGCGUGCCACGUUAGAUAAGAUAGUUUGAUCUGAUUGAUCUGCUGUAGUUUACCUCAUGUUGCGGAAAGCAAAACAUAACAUGUUAACAAUUAGUUACCGAGCAUUCGAGCAAGCAGUUGUGAAGCACCAGCAACAGAAAAGAAACCAAUAUAGUAGUGUAGCUUUAAACACCCCUCAGAACAAGACUGAUUAGCAUCAUAAGUGAGCGCGGGUUUCUCGAAUGAAGAGGAAGAGAGCAAAUUGUAAUACGCGAUCCAAAGCAAGAUUCAAUUAGUUAGAUUUAUCUUUAGAACUAUUCGCUGGUUGAACGGUGACAAACGUGAACAACGGGCAACGGAUUUAGGUAAGCCUAAUGCUGCUUGUGACACGUGCGACCAACUCCUAAUAAUCAUUUGAAAUGAUGGUUAUUCAUCGCUAAGUAUUUAGUUACCGGAUGAGUCUAAUUAGAUAUAAAUUUUAGGGACAAUUAUAUCAACGAGAUACUACUGUUGCAAUCAAUUCUAUUCACAAAUAAAGUUUGUUGAACUCUUA